CAAGGACCGUGCAGCAAAUACUGCUGGAACUGCUGGCCUGGCAGGUGGGCACCACCGGGAAGCAUGGACCACCAAAGGUCCCUCCUAUGAGGACUUAUACACUCAGAAUGUUGUAAUUAACAUGGAUGACCAAGAAGAUCUUCAUCGAGCCUCACUGGAGGGGAAAUCUGCCAAAGAGAGACCCAUUUGGUUGAGAGAGAGCACUGUCCAGGGGGCAUAUAGUUCUGAAGAGAUGAAGGAAGGUGGCAUAGAUAUGGAUGCCUUUCAGGAGCAUGAGGAAGGCCGUGCAGGGCCUGAUGAUAAUGAGGAGGUCAUGCAAGCACUGCUCAUUCAUGAGAAGAAGACUCCCUCUGCCACAGCUGGUUCAGUGGGAGCAGCUGCUCCUGUGACCACGGCCAAUGGCAGUGACUCAGAGAGUGAGACCAGUGAGUCAGAUGAUGACUCUCCACCCCGUCCUAUGGCUGUGGCUACGCAUCAUCGGGAAGAGGAUGAGGAGGACGAUGAGUUUGAGGAAGUAGCAGAUGACCCCACUGUCAUGGUGGCUGGCCGUCCAUUCUCCUACAGUGAAGUGAGCCAGCGGCCAGAGCUGGUGGCCCAGAUGACACCAGACGAGAAGGAAGCAUACAUAGCAAUGGGACAACGCAUGUUUGAGGACCUCUUUGAGUGAGCUUUCCCUACCUUUUCCUCCUUUCUCUAGUGCUCAUUUCAAGAAGAAAAUUCCCCACUUUUGAAGAAAAGUGUUUAAAUGGCUUUCUGCCUCUCUUGAUUCAAAAGCAACUGUUAAUCUUCCACAAAGAAUAAUGGGAGAGAGAGUUUGAUUUUUAUGCCAGAAACUUCCCAGCAAGGUAGGUUGGUUAUAAGUAUUCCCUUCCCUGCUAUUACUACAGUAUUAAUAUUUCACUAUAUUUUCUUAUCUAAUUUUUUUCCUUUCCUUUUUAAGACACAUUUUUCUUCCUUCUGAAAAGAGUGGGGAAGUCCAUAAGGUAAAUUCUUUAUGUCUGCCUGCAGAAGCCCACUAAGAUAGGUUACAGUAAUUCACUGAUUACAUCCUUUUUGUGUUCUGACCAAGCAUUCCAAACAAUUCCUUACAUUGUUGCCAACCAAAGCAGCUUGCCAACAGUGAAGUCACUGAUUGAGGGGGGAACAAUCUUAAAACUUCAUAUUUUCUCAAAAUUGAGGUUGGAGUCAAUAUGUAAGGGGAGGUGAGAGUGUGUUUGGAAGAGGGAUGGAUAUGCCUGAAUCUCAUGAUUAAUGUCUAAAACAGUAGUUAUGUCUGUAUAACCGACCAGACUAGUAGAUUCUGUUGUUUUGCUUAAUGACUUUUGGUUUGGAUUU